UGAAGUUCCUGAGUUGUUACCUAUCGGCUACCUUGUCGGGGACACAAUGCAAAUCGGUAUUUGUCUUAAAGGUACCAAACAGAACAGUGUUGAUUCGCUGGCAUUUGAAACCCAAAUCCCCAAAUCAAUUAUUCAGCGGUACGUUUCACUGCUUUUAGAACACCGAAGGAUCAUACUGUGUGGACCAAGUGGAACAGGUAAAACCUACCUGGCGCAGAAAUUAGCUGAACACUUAGUACUAAGGUCUGGGCGAGAACUUACUGCAGGGUCAGUGGCAACAUUUAACGUUGACCAUAAGUCUGGAAAAGAACUUCGCCAGUACCUGUCAAACAUUGCAGAGCAGUGUGAGAGUACGAGUGCCGGAGAACUACCUAGUGUUAUUAUAUUGGACAAUUUACACCAUGUUGGCUCUUUGGGGGAAGUCUUCAAUGGCUUUCUGAGUGUCAAAUACCAAAAGUGCCCUUACAUAAUAGGAACGAUGAACCAAGCUACUGGACUAACCACCAACCUGCAACUACACCAUAACUUCAGAUGGGUUCUUUGUGCCAACCAUAUGGAACCAGUAAAGGGAUUCCUUGGUCGUUACCUACGCCGCAAAUUGGUAGAAGCCGAGGUACACAUGGGUACCCGAAAUAAUGACCUAAACAAAAUCAUCGAUUGGAUUCCCAAAGUAUGGCAGCAUCUUAAUAAAUUCUUAGAGACCCACAGUUCUUCAGAUGUCACCAUUGGCCCCAGGUUGUUCUUAUGCUGUCCAAUGGACAUCUCAGGAUCCCAAGCAUGGUUCACAGAUUUAUGGAAUUAUUCCAUUGUUCCUUACCUAUUAGAAGCUGUCAAAGGAGGCUUACAGUCACGUAAACUGAAUGACAAUGAGCUCUAUGGCAGAAGGGCACCAUGGGAAGACCCCGCAGAAUGGGUGAAUGAAACUUACCCAUGGAAUACUUCAGGUAAUCAUGAUGCGCCAUCUUUGCAACGUCUGCGACCAGAAGAUGUUGGCUAUGACACUCAACCAGCCCCCCCUGACUCACCGAAAUCAAAGUCUGAGAAUAAUACAACCAAUGACGGAAUAGAGAGCGAUGCUUUGACAAACAAAUUGACAAAGUUUCAAGAAACGACAAGUCCAACAUCGUCAAAGAUUCCCACCAUUUUAAACAAUGAAAAUGACACAUCAAACCAGGAUAAUUAUAGUAACAAUGCCCCAGAAUAUUCCAACUGCAGUGUCGAAUCGAUGUUAUGAAUACUUUGACCAUGAAAAUACACACACACACACACACACACACACACACACAAGCACACACAUACAUAUAUACAUACGUAUAUAUAUGUGUAUAUGUAUAUACAUAUAUGUAUAUACAUAUGUAUAUAUAUGUAUAUACAUAUAUAUUCUCAUUCGUUCUUAAAAAAUAUGCAAUGCCAGAGCUUUAAAUCAAACUGAGUGGUAUUUAAAAAAAAAAGCCAAACAAAAUAAUUUAAACUUAAAUUAAAAAACAAUUAAUUAAUUAGUUAAUUAAAAGACAAACGAUACAAUGAAAGAGAAUUCAUUGUUGAUGUCCUACUUUGGCAUGCAUAUAUAAUACACAAACUUUAUGUUGGAUCAUUGAAACUUGUUCAUUUUUGCUUCUUCCAUUGUUGAAAAACACGUCUAAAACUCAAGAAGCGUCUAUGAGGAAUAAUGAUAUGAAUAAUAAUAAUAAUAAUAACAAUUAUAAAACCACAAUGAUGAUGGUCGGUGUAUAAUAUUCACUGCAGUAGAAGUCUCUAUUACUGAACUUUGAGACUUUUCUCUGUAGAAUGUAAUGGAAUGGCCAACUGUUUUCUUUGAAAUGAACUUUCUCAUUUCUUUUGCUUAUACUCUCUCUCUCUCUCUCUUUCUCUUUUUAUUGCUCUACUUUUAUAUAUGUGGAGGUGAGGAAAGAAAAAGCUCAGAUUUCAGUGACAUCAUCGUAUUAUAUUUAAAAAAAAAAAAUAAAGA